CCUUCGACGACCUCGCCGUCUUCGUCCUCGCCUUCGACCUCGCCUUCUUCGUCCCCGCCUUCGACGACCUCGCCGUCUUCGUCCUCGCCUUCGACCUCGCCUUCUUCGUCCUCGCCUUCGACGACCUCGCCGUCUUCGUCCUCGCCUUCGACGACCUCGCCUUCUUCGUCCUCGCCUUCGACGACCUCGCCUUCUACGCCACCUUCAACCUCUCAAACCACCGCCUUUCGAUGUCGCACCGAAGACCACUGCCCAGCGGCGGGACCGCGUAUCCAUCGCAGGUGGCUUGACUAA